AUGCUCUCAUUUGAUGUGGCGAACAUCUUCGUGAACGCGGCGGCACCUGCAGGCCCAUGGGACGCGUUCAACUACGCGCCCGAGUCGAAGACUGUGUAUCCGAGUGCGGUGAGGCAGGUGGAGGGGAGUGUGGUUGGUGCGGAGAAUCUUGUGGGUGGGGGCGAAGGUGGGAGCGCGGUAUUGGAAGGGGUGGGAAGUUAUGCGGUGCUUGAUUUUGGGAAGGAGGUCGGCGGUCUGAUCUCCCUGAACUUCGACAACACGACCUCAACAUCCUCCAUCGCCCUCUCAUUCACCGAAUCCCCCCUCUUCAUCAAUCCCCUCCAAUCCGACGACUCGACCUACCCCUCCGCCAACAUGUCCUACGACGGCGUCCUCUCCGUCCCUGCGCCCCUCUCCACCGGCCCCUGGACGCAACCCCCCUCCCGCCUCCGCGGCGGCUUCCGCUUCCUCACCAUCUCCCUCACUGACACCUCGAACGCAUCCAUAUCCAUCUCCAACAUCUCGUGCGCUAUCUCCUUCAUGCCGCACUACGACGAUCUGCGGAAUUAUACCGGGUAUUUUUAUGCGAAGGAUACGCUGGGGAGUAAGUUUGGGUAUGGAGGCGAGGUGGGAGAUGUGGAUUUCCUAAGUAAGGUGUGGUAUGCGGGGGCGUAUACUGUGCAGACGAAUACGGUGCCGUUGGAUACGGGAAGGAUGAUUCCGAUGGUGGCUUCUCCAGGAUGGGCGAAUAAUGCGACGCUGGGUGUGGCGGGACCUAUCAUUGUUGACGGCGCGAAACGAGAUCGAGCAGUGUGGCCCGGUGAUAUGGGCAUCGCUGUGCCCACUCAAUUCGUCUCCACGAAUGAUCUGCUACCGACGAAGAACGCGCUGUCCACGAUGUUCGCAGCUCAGGAUCCUAGCACGGGCGCAUUACCCGAGUCUGGGCCACCUCUAAGUCAGACUGGCAGCGACACCUAUCAUAUGUGGACUCUCAUCGGGGCACAUAACUACUACACGUACUCUGGAGACCUGGACUGGUUGCAGACGAUCUGGACGAAUUAUACGAAGGCGGUGGCGUUCCUCGAGGGUAAAGUUGAUAGUUCGGGUUUGAUGAAUAUUACGGGCUUGAGGGAUUGGGCCAGGAAGGGUGGCGGAGGGCAUAAUGCGGAGGGAAAUGCAUUGCUCUACAAGACAUUGGUCAACAGCGCCGACCUCGCCAAGACACUAAACUCCUCCGACCUCGCCUCCUCCUGGUCCAGCAACGCCACCGCUCUGAAGUCAACCUUCAACUCCGUCUUCUGGGUCGACUCCCUCGGGAUGUAUCGCGACAACUCGAGCACGACGCUCUGUCCGCAGGACGCCAAUUCCAUGGCGAUAUUGUAUAAUCUGACGACUUCGCCGGAGCAGGCGAGUAUGGUGAGCGAGGGCCUGGAGAAGAAUUGGGUCGAGAUUGGGGCGGUGGCCCCGGAGUUGCCGGAUAAUGUCUCGCCGUUUAUUAGUGGACUUGAGCUGUCGGCUCAUUUUGUGGCGGGAAAUGCGUCGAGGGCUAUGGAUCUGCUGCAUCGUGAGUGGGGCUUUAUGCUCUACACGAAUACGAGUGUGCAGUCGACACUCUUGGAGGGUUUCACGAGCAACGGCUCUUUACUUUACCGUUCCUACCAAGGCUACAACUACGACCCCUCCUACAUAAGUCACUCUCAUGGCUGGUCCUCCGGCCCAACCUCCGCCCUCACAUUCUACGUCCUCGGACUCACCGUAACAGCCCCCCAAGGCUCUACCUGGUCCAUUGCGCCACAGCUCAGCGGUCUCGACGCCGCCGAGGGCGGAUUCGAGACUCCUUUAGGCUGGUUCGGCGUGCAGUGGAAUGUCACCGGUGGCAGUAACAGUGACGACGCGCCUGCAGCAUUUACGUUGAAGUUCGAUGUACCACAGGGGACGAAGGGGGUGGUGACGUUGCCGGUGGUGGGGAAUACGACUUUGGAUGGGACGGCGGUGAAUGUGGGAGGGGAUGGAGUGUUGGAGAGUGGGGGAGGGGUGCAUGUUGUGGUUGUGCAGACUUGA